CCGGAGGCGGCGGAGGAGAAGCGGAAAACAAGGCAAUAUUUGAAGGCUUGACAGAUGCAUCCCAGGCUGAAAAACUGCUGCAUUCCUCCUCCUCUUCCUCCUUUAGAAAACUGACUUCUUUAAAGAGAGGUAAGAGAGAAGGAAAAGAAGUAAGAAAAUGCUGGGAUCGGAACGAGGUGUGGUGGAAGAAUGGCUGUCAGAAUUCAAGGCAUUACCUGAAACACAAAUUUCCAGUUAUGCAGCUACAUUGCACCGAAAAAAAACGCUGGUACCAGCUCUCUACAAAGUGAUUCAAGACCCAAAUAAUGAGCUUCUGGAGCCUGUUUGUCACCAGCUCUUUGAACUUUAUCGCAGUUCUGAAGUUCGGCUCAAGAGAUUCACCUUGCAGUUUUUGCCUGAGUUGAUCUGGGUUUAUCUGCGUGUAACUGCCAGCAGGGAUAGGCAGAGUAACGGUUGCAUUGAAGCAUUGCUGCUUGGCAUUUAUAACUUGGAAAUUGCUGACAAAGAUGGAAACAACAAAGUUUUGUCUUUCACCAUCCCCUCAUUAUCUAAACCCUCAAUAUAUCAUGAGCCCUCUACAAUUGGAUCCAUGGCUUUGACUGAGGGAGCUCUGUGUCAGCAUGACCUUAUCAGGGUAGUUUAUAGCGAUCUUCAUCCUCAGAGAGAAACCUUCACAGCACAGAACCGGUUUGAGGUGCUGAGCUUUCUCAUGCUGUGCUACAAUUCUGCUAUUGUCUAUAUGCCUGCCUCUUCCUACCAAUCACUCUGUAGGAUGGGUUCCAGGUUGUGUGUAAGUGGCUUUCCACGGCAGCAUGAGAAACACUGGAAGGAACACUGUGGUAGAGUGGUGUUAGACCCUGACUUUAUGGUGCAGCUGCUGACAGGUGUCUAUUAUGCCAUAUAUAAUGGUCAGUGGGAUCUUGGCCAGGAGGUGCUAGAGGACAUAAUUUACAGAGCACAGCUUGAACUCUACUCACAGCCUCUGCUGGUUGCAAAUGCCAUGAAGAACUCACUGCCCUUUGAUGCUCCUGAUGCCUCACAAGAAGGCCAGAAGGUACUGAAAGUGGAAGUUACCCCCACGGUGCCGAGGAUUUCUCGCACUGCCAUUACAACAGCUUCUAUUCGUCGUCAUCGCUGGAGGAGAGAAGAUGGCUUUGACUUCUCAAACGAGGCUGACUCAAGCAUUCCUGGCUCACCGAUCCAACACGGCUGCACAGACCUAGGGAUCAAACGUGAGCAAGAGGGGGAGGUGCUGAUGCGCAGGACCCCUGAGCAUGGCUUCCCGGAGCCCACCUUGACAGCAGCCACAACAGAGGAUGCUGAAGGUGUAAAUGGAAGAGAAGAAUCUGUGAACCUUAAUGAUGCUGAUGAAGGGUUUUCAUCAGGCGCUUCUCUCAGCAGCCAGCCAGUUGGGACCAAACUUCCAUCAUCUGUAUCCCAGAAGGGUAGCUUCAGGAAAGCAGCAAGUGGGCGUUCUGCUAAGGAUAAAGAAAGCUCUUCUGCAGCAAAAUCCAGUGAGAGCCCUCGAGAUUCAGUAGCUCGGAAGCAGUACGUGUACCAAUCCACUGACCUUGGUGCAGAUGUGAUGGAGAUGACACCUACUAAGAAACACCUCAGCCUGCCUGCUGGGCAGGUGGUGCCAAAAGCCAACAGUUUGAGUCUGAUUAGGACCGCCAGUGCUUCCUCCAGCAAAUCAUUUGACUAUGUGAAUGGCAGUCAGGCAGGCUCCAGUGUUGGCGUUGGCACAGAGGGUGUCACCAAUCUAGCAGCUGGCAACACCAAUCGGUUUUCAACUAUCAGCCUACAGGAGGAUCGACUGGGCCAAGCUGGGGAAGGUAAAGAUCUCCUUCCCCCAGGAGCUCCCCUAACCAAGCAGUCUCGAUCUCCGAGUUUCAAUAUGCAGCUGAUAUCCCAAGUGUAGCUGGCUCCCUUCUUAGGACUCCCUUUUCCCCCUUAAUCCCUAGGCAAGUUCAUCCUUGGGCAAAACAAGAACCGUCAUCCCACAGUGUGAAAAUACUGUCGUGAUCUUGUUUGAUUCGGUUUAGAUAUAAUACUGUAUCUUGUACUGAAACAGCAAUAAUUCUUCCCUCGCCUUCAUUCUCACCCCUUGUAAACAUGGUUGUGAAGCAGUAUAUAACGUACUGUAUGCCUUUUUCCAUGCCUUCCUUUCUCCUUGGGUGAUGUGCAAUCCAUCGUAGGCUGAUCAGUCCCAUUUCAACACUGUGAGACUGGAGACACCGGCGGAAAUGGUGAAUGUGAUCCCUAUGAAAUGAUGCUUUGGCUUUGUUAAGAAAUAGAAAUGGGUUUGUUUUCUCGGUCUACAGUACUGCAAAGACUACUGGAUCAUGACUUUUCUUUCUCAGAACCAGGAGUGCCUCAGAGAUUCUAAUGUGACUUUGGACCUCUCUGAGUCUGUGCAAUCAAUUCUGGGGAGGGGAUUGUCAUUGCUGCUCCUGGCUGCCUACAGCACUUUUUCAUUAAACAAGGGUAGUUUAUUUUCUUGCCUGCCCCAGUCUCUCCUCCAAGAAGCUUUUGAUGUUCGGCCAACAAGACGUGCAUAUUACCAAGUUGUUGUCCCUCAGAGAGAGGGUUGUAAGUAGGUAAUGUAGGUUACAAUGCACUUCUAAUGGCGUUGUAGCCAUAUGUGAUGUUGUAUGUCUUCCCCUCCAGGACACAGGGUUAUUCUGCGUAUAGGCUAAAAUUUAGACAAGACUAUGCUGGUAAAGCAGUUUGGCUCAUAAGUGGGAGGGAAACACUACUUUCCCAGGAACCAAUAGCUAGCUCUGCUCCAAUUUUUGUUGUUGUUACUGUUGUUGUUGUUCAUGUGAGGUGAUGAUCACUGAAUUGAAAGGUGUAUUCGGGUAAAGAAUAUUUCUCAGGCUGCUUUCUAUGGUAUCAUGGCUAGUGGACACUCCCAUCCCUCAGCUGCUUUCUCAGUGUCCCUAAAUUCAAUCAUGGAGUGAUUUUAUGAAUCUUGCAGUCCAGACAGGCCAUCCUCUAAGGGGCUGUCUCAGGGAUCGAGACGACGAUUUGGUAGAAACACUGAAGCUUCGAUGUGAAACACUUUCCUAGAAAUAUCGUUUGUACCAAGUGGUACUGACAGUCCGUUUUUUCCAGAAGGACCACACUUUGCUGCCUUUGUAUUUAUAAUCUGUUAAGGUGUUGUGGGUUCUCUUGUUUGGUUUUGUCUUUAACUGUCCUGCUAUUUUAGUUGAUUGGCCCUUACUGUAGAAAAUUCAGAACUCAUGCCAUUGAGCCAAACCUUGAAUGUACAUGACUGGUGUGUGGGCACAGGCUCGUACUUAGGCUCGAGGACUCUGCUUAGAAGCACAUACUCCUGGUUGCACAGGAACUGCUUGUCAUUCUCCUUUCCCUCUUUCUCUCUGUCUUGCUGUAUUUCAUUUUACAGAGAAAAGAGGAAGGCUCAUGCUGUUUUCUUAGGUAAUGUAUAAUAUGCUGGAAGUUUACAAAUUGUAAAACCACAGGAGAGAGUUACAGUCUUUAUGUGGGCACUUUGCUUUCACUGUCACUGUGAAGAAGAAAAUAAGCAGUUAAAGUAAGAGGUUGUCUUUGGAUGAUACUCUUUAAAAGAUUCAGGAAAAUAACAUGGUGUUACAGUGCUGAUGGUAGUUUUAAUGUAGCUUCUGGUAUUUUAAAGCUCUAUUUCAAACAAAACUAGCUUUCAAAUUUACAUUAAAACUCACUUCGAUAUGGAGUGGUUUUUUUUUGGCUUGACAAGUCACUUUGGCAAUCUAGUCUUUGUAUCUUUAAUUCAGAGAAAAGUUAAGAGAAUUAAAUGGCAUCUGAAUUAAUGCCAAAAUAUAGCAAGGAAUUGAGUAAAUUGAAUAAUCAAAAAGAACGAAUCUUACUGUUUUCCCAUUCAAAGUUCAUCUUUCAAAGCCACUAGUGACUCAUAGCUGGAACUCUAAGGCAAAGUCAAGAUUCAGGUACAAGAUAGAACCCUCUGUGAAAAUCACACACUGAGAUAUUUUCUGUAAUAAUGUCAAAAGCU